CUGUGUUUAUUUAUUCUGACUGUAGUUUGGUGAUUAAUUCAUGUUAGUUGUUGAUGGUUCUGUGCUGGUUUGGGACGGACCGCUGUGUUUGUAGGACCUGUUAGGAAGAAGAUAAGUUUAUGUUGUGUUCAUAAAGAAGUGUAAUGAGGGACCGGUUAGCCGAUUUAAAAGCGGUAAGUAUAGAGGAAGAUGUCAUCAUCACCACCCCUGUGGGUCACGUCAGCUUCAUGGAGGACUUUUUCAGGAACGUGAAGGAAGUCAGAGAGGUCAUCGACAAGAUCACCUCACAGGUGAAUGAGGUGAAGAAGAAACAUGGCACCAUCCUCUCAGCACCAAACCCUGAUGAGAAAACUAAAGUGGAGCUCGAACAGCUGAUGUUCGAAAUCAAGAAACAUGCCAACAUGGUGCAGACCAAACUCAAAUCCAUGCAGCAGAGUAUGCCUUCAGAGGACCAAACUAAAGGAGGCUCAGUAAGCUUGCGCAUUCAGAGAACUCAGCAUGCAUUCUUGUCUCGGACGUUUGUGGAGGUCAUGACUGAGUACAACGAGACUCAGGUGGCCUUCAGAGAGCGCAGCAAAACCAGGAUCCAAAGACAGAUGGAGAUCACUGGAAGGAUGACCACAAAUGAGGAACUGGAGAACAUGCUAGAGAGCGGGAACCCCUCCAUUUUCACAGCGGAUAUCAUCUCAGACUCUCAGGUCACUCGGGAGGCUUUAGACGAGAUCGAGUCGAGACACAGAGACAUUAUUCGGCUGGAGUCCAGCAUCAGAGAGCUCCACGACAUAUUCAUUAACAUGGCCAGUCGGGUCGAGAUGCAGGGUGACACGAUUUACAGCAUCGAGAAGAAUGUAAGAAACGCAGCAGACUACGUAAUAAAGGGUAAAGAGGAAAUUAGGAAAGCUAAGAGGUACCAGCAGAGUGCUCGCCGGAAAUACAUUAUUCUUGCUCUGAUCGUUGUGGUGAUAGUCUGUGUUCUUGCACUCAUCAUCGGCCUGUCUGUGGGCCUGUCCUCCCAAUCGACUACAACCUCCACCUCGUCCUCUGCGGCAGCAACCAAUCCUGCUUAAUUUCUCUACUCAAGCACUAACCACUGGAGCUGUGAUAUUUUCCUCAUCAUACUAGUUUAGUUCAGUCAACUGAACUAAGACUUCAACCAAAGAGGAGCAGAAGUUCAGCACUAAAUUUUGGAUUGAAACAUUUUUGCUAUGGUUUCUUUGUUUGAGGGAAUCUUUAUGUUCAAAUUCUGAAUGCUCUUUAUAAAUACUGGAUAAAAUCAAAUCUAGGAUUAAAUCCUUGAUCUGU